GUCCUCGAGCUGCUUUCGUAGUCGGCAUCGGCCAUCCGCGACGCGAGCUUUCGCUCGGACUACAAAGGCUUCUCUCGUCGAUCAUUUUUUACGUCGCGAACGUGCAAUCGAAUUCUUCACGCGAAUUUUACGAUAAAGGAUAAAUUAUCAAAUUCGUUUAAGUAUGUAAUUUAAAAGAGCGUGAGAGAGAGAGAGAGAGAGAGAGAGAGAGAGAGAGAAAGAGAGAGAGAAAAGAAAAUUAAAAUAAAUAUAAGAAUAGAAUCGCUCGGUAAUUUUACACGGUAAUGUAAUAUAAAGUGCAUCGAGUUUUUCUAUGAAAAAGUAUAUUUAUAUAUUCGUAAAUAUUUAAUUUUAGUUUAUAAGUUGUUUAAUAAAAAUAUGGAUAUGUAUUCGUGAAGUGACAAUUUUUGGAGCAAUCAAAAGGAAUACAGUGAAAUUCAUCGGAUUUGAAGAAGAAGUCGAUGUGGUCGAGGAUCAUACUGUUAUACGAUUAAUCGUUCACCUUCGAGAACGAUUUUGGAAAAUGUGCUUUUUAUCGUCGUACGCUUUGAUAAAGUGAAAAUUCGCGGAAGGAAAUUAACGCGUAUAGAAACAGUGAGAGCUAUCAAGAAUAAUAGAGAAAUAAAGGGAAUGUACGUAGCCGCGAGUGAACGGCGACUCUAUCGGUGGCUCUAAAUUUCGCGCUACGCGAACGCUUCGGUGAAUUCGUUGGGUGGAAGCGACGAACCUUCCGCGAUUCGCACGCUCGUUCGUUCGGGAUGUGCUCGUCGAGACGGAAGAAUUUCGAUGCACCGCUUGGAAUCGCGGGAAGUCGCUCUUAACUUCGAUCGGAGAUCAUCGGAGGAACAAGAAGAAGAAAAAGAAGAAAAAGAAGAAAGGGAGGAAGAAGAAGGAGGAGGAGAAGGAGGAAGAGAACUUCGGUGACAACGGAGUAUCGUUGGAGGUAGAAGAAAGAGAAGAGUCUGCAAGAAUCGGUGGUUGUUGUAGUGGUGGUGGGAAGAGAGAGAGAGAGAGAGAGAGAGAGAGGGUGGGAAACCACCCCCACCAAGCGAUGGAUCUUGCGCUUCUACUCUUCGUGGUGCUGCUCAGGCAAGAAGUCGCCGCUCUGAAGCUACUACGUAUAAACGUCCCAUCGUACACCUUGAGGGGCAAGAACGCGCUUCUGGAGUGCAGAUAUGACCUAGAAUCGGAUAAGCUCUAUUCUUUUUCAUGGUACAAGGAUCACGAAGAAUUCUACAGAUACGUACCAAGGAGUGAACCAACCCAACAUAGUUAUCACGUCGAGGGUAUUAAAGUGGACCACCGAAACUCCGACUACAGACGAGUACACCUUCAAGAUGUCGGACUUAACACCAGCGGAAGGUACAAGUGCGAAGUUGUUGCAGAGGCACCCAACUUUAACUCGGUUAUCGCUGAGGCCAAUAUGGAGGUCGUAGUUCUACCCGAAGAAAGUCCCGCGAUAACGGGCGAAGAAAAGAUUUACGCUAGCGGCGACGUUCUUGCCCUGAAUUGCACCAGCGGCAGAUCCCAUCCCGGUGCACAUCUGAAGUGGUUCAUCAACGGCGAACAGGUGAAAGCGGAUUCGGAACUGAGGCACGAGCAGCACGGCUUGAUCUCGACGACAUCGACUCUGCGACUGGAACUCGAGCCAGAUCAUCUCUCGAGCGAAAAGAUAAACGUCAGGUGCGAGGCAAUCGUUCAAUCGAGCCAAAAAACGAACGAUUCAUACAUUGACUCGCGUACAACGGAAAUAUUUGUUCAAGGCCAAUCCAGUCUCUUGAGGCCGUCCGCUUGUUUGCUGGUGGCCCUACUCUUACUACAACGAUUAUUGGUGCCUCAUUAGACACCUUAAAAGGGCAAAGGAUUUCCUAUGACUUUCUCCCUCUCCCUCUCUCUCUCUCUCUCUCUCUCUCGCUCUCUCUCUCAUCUCGUUUUUUCUUAGCCUUAUAAAAGAGAAGAAAAACAAAAAGAAAUAUCUUUUAAAAAAAGAAAGAGAGAAAGAGAGAGGGAGAGAGAGAGAGAGAGAGAAUGAAAAAGAUUGUCAAAAGUCGAAGAAAAGAGUAGAAGAAAACGGAGCCUUGAGUUUCGUGACGAAAGACAAUCACACCUUCGAUGCCGAUCGAUGGUGAUGAAUGAUCAUACGAUUGACAAUGAACAGAUAUUGGAGUAGUAUUCAAUUAAUAUAUCGUUGACUGUACAGUCUCUCGCAUCUUGCGAAACGGUACAAAAUAUCUCAAGUUGUUAUUUUCGGGAUCUAACACCCGAUAUAUAAAGAUUAUCCGUAGAUAGUCAAUUGUGCGAAAAGAAUAUCCUGAAGGAACGUUCAUGAAGGAAAGCAGUAAGAAGGAAUGAAGUAAAUGUCGAUUCACAAAAAAAGGUAUUAAGAGCUCGGAUAACGCACAAGAAAAGGAGAGAGAGAGAGAGAGAGAGAGAGAGAGAGAGAGAGAGAACAUAUAUCUUUAACGUCAUCAUAAUUGAGCACCGAAUAUUUCAGGUCACUAUAAUAUAAUUUAACGCGAUGACGAUUAUUAGCUUCCAACGAGAAUUAGAUUUUGUCCGUAUGAAAAUCAUAUCAUUUUUACAAAGCGUCAGAUGAAUUCCCUUUUUACUCUUGUCAAAUGGAAAUAUCUAACGCUAUAAAGAAAGUCAUGAAAACUACCAUCGUAGAGUUUCGCGUGUUUCUUUGAGACGCGACAUCUUCCUACUUGACUUCUUCUCCGUACGUAGAAGUAAAAAUUGGGAUCAAGAAACACAGCGCAUACGUUUGAAAAAGGUAAAUUCAACAUUGAUUCCACGAGAAAGAAAGAGAAGAGAAAUAAGGGUAAAAGCUUCGAAUCGGAAAGCUGCGGGACUUUUAUUUUUUACUAUGAGUAUAUCACAGAGAGUGCCGUUCGUUCUCCGUCGUGUGUCGACGAGCCUUUCCAUUUCGGCGAACGCAUUACCAUGAGAGCGUUAUUGCUGGUAUGUAUAACAAAAAAAAAAAAAAAAAGAAAAAAGAAAGAAAAAAAAAAGAAAGAAACAAAAAAGAAUUUAAAAAGAAAAAAAGGAACACGAAAAGCAAAAGUUCGUGCGCCGUGAUCCUUUUCUAUGAUAAUUAGGUCGUUAUUCAAACGCGUCGUGCAAAUGGUUCUACGCAUUCGAGGAGAAACGAAAUGAAUCUCGUUGGACGUUUUCGAUCUUUUUUCGUACGCUUCGUUCGUUGUUUCACAUAUCGUCGCGCAAGCUUCGAUCCAUCAUAAUCUAAAAUAUUUGAAUUAACACGACGACCUUUUUAUAUCUAUCGAGAGGAAGUAAAAUAUAAAGUACUAUCUGAUAUAUUUCGUAAAAGUAAAAAAAAAGAAAAGAUGGAAAACGAAAAAAGAAUAAACAGUAAGAAUAAUAAUAGUAAUAAUGCAAGUAUCAGGGGCUCGAAAUUGAGUUGGUUGAUAAAAUUCCAAAUGAAAGUUCAUUCCAUACACAGAAAACAUAAACUUUGAGUAAGCACGUUGGACUUUUUUCGCGACUGCGGAAAAGUCGUAGACGAGGAAGUAGGGAAUUACGUUACGCGGUGAACGAACGAAGACGAUGCGGACGAAAAGUUUAAGGUCCGAGCGAAAGAGAGAGAGAGAGAGAGAGAGAGGGGGGGGGAGAGAGAGAGAGAGAGCAACUUUGGUGUUACGUAGCAUUUAUAAAACUUUCCGAAUGCCACUUGUCCACCGAGGCGAAACUUGAGAUCGUUUCCCAUGGAAACGCCUUCCUUCUGCCGAGGUAGUUUUCUACUAUUCGACGAGUACUGCUGUAGAGUAGAGUCGGCUACGCUUAUCUCCGGACGACUAACAGAAAUGAGAACGUUCUCGCGCUUCUACCUCGAGAACAAUGAGGAACCCCAUCAAAACGGUCGACCGACACUCGACUUCUGGGAGAUCCGUGAUUAAUCCCAACUACUCGGGAAACACGAAACAUUCGGUAUAACGAGUCCUUAACUCAAAGUACAUUUGAUAAUUCACGAUCGUAUAGAAUAAAACGAUUUGGGUAAAAUGACAGAGGCAAUUAUUGAAUUUAACGAAUGUCUAUCUGCUGGUUGAAAUGAAGAGAAAAAUUCAAUGUCGAUCGGAUCUAAGAAAUCGGACAUCGAUGACCUUAAUACUUUAUCGAAGAAAAAUUUAAUAUAGCAAAAGGUUAGAUCGAAGUAUUGAGAUAAGAAAGGUGUAUUUAAGAAAAAUCGUUUAUAGCUAGAUCGACAUUUAGGUCUGAACUUUCAGUAGGACGUUAUCGACUCGUUCCACUGGAUGACAGUAGUAGUCGAACGGCCUCGUAUAAUCGGCCCCAUUCAGAGGUGCCACAACGUCUUUCACGAGAAGCACAAGCUCAAAUCUUCCUCCCAUGAUAGAUGUUAUAUAACGACACUUGGCACUCGAUAAUAAACCCGCACACGUACUUACACAAAGAGAUACGGGCAGACGCAUGAUAUAGCGCGCGACAUAUCAGAAUACGUAGACCGUAAUAUGCGGUCGUCCUUCCAUUAUAGUACGCUUCCUCUACACGUAGUCUGGCCUAUCAACCUCGGUGAAACGAAGCAAAGAGAAGAGAAGAGAAGAGACGAGAAGAGAUGAGAUGAGAAGUGAGACGUCGCAUCGCGUCGUUAGACCACGCGCAUCAAGCCACUCCGCCGGUUACUUUCUGCCUAAAAGCAACGUCUUUUAGGCUGGUAUCUCGAAGAACCAUCGAUAAAGUAUCGUACCAUCCACGUAUAUAGUUUCCCCGAGUAAAGUAGACGUCGAAGUAACACCAAUGGUUUGUAAUAGCAGUGGCGUUGGUAAUAGUAGUAGUAUCACGUACUAGUAGUAGUAGUGCUAGUAGUAGUAGUAGUAGUAGUAAUGGUAACACUAGUCUGACACGCGUGAUAACGUCUUCCUGCGUUUUCAAGAGGAUCGACUUUUCAAAAGAAAGGCACGCGAAAAAUCGAAUCGUCAUUCGAGCCUUUCUAGUCGCGAUAGCUACUAAGAGCCCACAUCCGACACACGCGCUCGGAGAUAAAAGUAAACCUUCGAAAGAAGAAUCGUGCCUGGUGAGAAGGGAAAAGAUCGAAAGUAAUAGAGCAAAAGAAGAAGAAGAAGAAGAGGAAAGGAGUAGGGAUAUUAAAGAGAGAACCGAGAUCAGGGAGGAGGAUGCUAAAGGUUCAAGAGAUGGGAAAGAGGUGUGAUAGGGGAAGGUGGUAAAGGAAAGAAAAAUUCUCGCUAACGUUUCGUCGUCGAGCGAGGGAGCGAGCUCGUUCGAGCGAGCAAAGCUAACCCAAGCCAGCAGCAUCCAGACUUCUCGCAUCCAACUUUUCUAUUUUCACCGCCUACUUUUAUCUCUUGCACUUUCCUACUUUCUCUCUCUCUCUCUCUCUCUCUCUCUCUCUAUCUAUCUAUCUCUAUCUCCCUCUCUCUAUCUCUCUUUGUGUUGCUUAUUCUUUCUUUCUUUAUCUUCUCCUUGCACGACACUAAGCUCACUUACUCGCUUUCGAAAUCUCGUUGUACGGCCACGACUACGAAGACGGCUGUUUCUAUUUCUUUCAGUUUUCUAUGCGUUUCUCACUUCCUUGAAAUAACCUUUCAUCGACACAACGUUGUCGUUGUAAAGUACACGUCUUCUGUCGUCUCUUUUUCCUUGUCCUAUUUGUCGUCGUCGUCGUCGUCGUCGUCGUCAUCGUCGUUCUCAUUGUAAAUGGAAAAGAAAAAGAAAAAAUGCGUGUGGUCUACGAUCGAUGCCGAGGCUUCUCUCUUCCAUCGUUCGAAAUAACGAUUAAACGAUCGACUCCAUAAUAAUAAUCAUUGAGAAGAUAUUUUGUUAAUCCUACGUUCUCCCGUAUAUACGCUUAUAUAUAUAUAUAUAUGUACGCUCAUCUCGAGGCAAUAUUUUACAGGUCACGUCAAAGCCUCCUUAAAGUAUUUAAACGGCAUAAAAUUUAUUUUGAAAUCCCGCAGCUUCUUUUUCCUUCGGCGACGACAGAGAAAAAGAAAGAGACAGUGAGAGAGAGAGAGAGAGAGAGAGAGAGAGAGAGAAAAGAAAAGAAAAAAAAAGCAAAAAUAAAAAAAUUCACGUCGUCCAUUUUUUCCCUCUCUAACUUUCUUCUACCCAAUAUUCCACAACGCCACGCAAAUCAAUAUCAUCGACGAUCCCAAUCCGCUCGGUCGUCGAUAUCGGUCGCGCACGAUCUCGAAAUAUUUUGUCACGCGUUCUGACUCUCACGUUUUCUCCGUGACAUAACACGAGAUACAUACGUACAUACAUAAAUACAUAGAUAUAUACGUAUCCAUGUACAUAAAUAGAUACAUAGAUACAUAUCUUUUUUGCUCCGGACGAUGGCCCCCGAGGCCGUGAAAUCGUCGACAUUCCUAGUCGAGAACGUGAAAAUUUUAAAAUCACUAAAAAAAAAAAAAAAAAAAAAAAAUAAAAGAAACAAAAAAGGAAAGAAAAUCUCGACGAGAGAUUUGUAUAAACAUUGUACAUAUAUGCAUAUAUAGGUGAACAGGUGUGUGUAUAUGGAAGAGAAAAAGAAAGAGAGAGAGAGAGAGAGAGAGAGAAAGAAAAAAAAAAGUGUGUGCGUGUGUGUGCGUGAGAGAGAGAGAGAGAGAGAGAGAGAGAGAGGUGAGGGUACGCGCAAUGAACCAAGAGAAAAAGCGUUUUGUAUCGCGAUACACUAGCGUGGAAGCGAAUUUCAAAGAACCUUUUGUGCUUUCGAUGGUCCAUUAAAAGAGUGAAAACAAAAAUGAUGCGUCCUCGUCGUUCGUGUAUAUAUAUAUAUAUAUAUAUAUAUAUAUAUAUACAUAUACAUAUACAUAUACAUAUACAUACGUACAUACAUAUAUCAAAUAUAUACAUAGUUCGUUGGCAACAUCAUCUUCCUCCUUCGUUCGAGCGACGCAAGAAUUUUUUUUGCGAUCGAACGAGAUCUCGAAAAUUCUACUCCCGUCUCGUUCGUUCGCGAUCGAUCGCAUCACACGUGGUUAGUAAUAAAUGGGGAAAAAAAAAGAAGAAGAAAAAAAAAAAAAAGAACAGGAGAAAAAAGAAAAACAGAAAAAAUAAAGUAAAGGAAAGAAAAAAUAAGAAAACCAAAAAAAAAAAUGAAAAUAAAAAAAAGAAGUACUACUCAGUGUUGUUUAGCCUUCAGUUGUUACAAGCUUCCGAUACACUGUUACAAUUAAGGAAAUUUAACGAAACAAAACAAGAGAAGAAAAAGAAUAUGCUCUGUCUGUGUGUAUGCGUGUGUGUAUGUGUGGGUGUGAUGUGUGGGUGUGAUGUGUGCGUAUGCGUUCGUUCGUUCGUUCGUUCGUUCGUCAUUCGUUCGAAGGGAACACGCAAAACCAAUAAAUGCAUAAUAUACAUUGUUUAACUCGUGGAUCACUGUUCAAACGAGAAGCUUCGUCGAGUCGAAACGCAUACAUAUUUACCUACGCAUACACAUAUUAUACAUAUAUACAUACAUACAUGCAUACAUUGCUAUGCAAUAUGCAUCACCGCUCGAAGAAACUUUUCUCGCCCGUUCGCGCGCACUUUAUUAAGAUACCCGAGGAAGGAAACCCACGCGAAAGAAUAAAAGAGAGAGAGAGAGAGAGAGAAAGAAAAAAUGUGAAAAAGAAAAUAAAAAAAAAAGAAAAUAGUAAAAAAAAUAAAAAUAAGAAAGAGAACAAAAAAUGAAAAAAGAAAAACAGAAUUAUGUACUUAUGUGUAUGGCCUAAUGUAUAUAUUUCGCAUAUUUAGUAAUAAAUCAUAUUUCAUUAA